AUCCUUCCCUAAAUGCAGGCAGGUGAGGCCGGGUGGUGAAAAGCAGCAUGGACCUGGAUGUGCUGAAUAUGUUUGUCAUUGCCGGCGGCACCCUGGCCAUCCCCAUCCUGGCCUUCGUGGCCUCCUUCCUCCUCUGGCCCUCAGCGCUCAUCCGCAUCUACUACUGGUACUGGCGCCGAGCCCUGGGUAUGCAGGUUAGAUACGCAAACUACGAUGACUAUCAGUUUUGUUAUUCCUAUAGAGGGAGACCUGGAUACCGACCAUCCAUCCUGAUGUUACAUGGGUUCUCAGCCCACAAAGACAUGUGGCUGUCCAUAGUCAAGUUCCUACCGAAGAACCUGCACUUGGUGUGCGUUGACAUGCCUGGGCACGAGGGCACGACCCGCUCAGCCUUGGACGAUUACUCCAUUAGUGGGCAAGCCAAGAGAAUACACCAGUUUGUGGAGUGCAUCAAGCUGAACAGAAGACCCUUUCAUCUGGUUGGCACUUCCAUGGGGGGAAACGUUGCUGGUGUCUACGCUGCUCAGUACCCAGAAGACAUUUGCAGCCUGACCCUCAUCUGUCCCGCAGGCCUGCCAAGUACCACUGACAGCAAGUUCAUUAAGCAGCUCCGGGAGCUGCAAGAGUCCGAAAGCAUCGACAGGAUCCCUUUAAUUCCCUCGACACCAGAGGAGAUGGCAGAUAUGCUGAAGCUUUGCUCCUACAUUCGCUUCAAGGUGCCGCAGCAGAUCCUCCAGGGCCUCGUCGAUGUUCGCAUCCCACACAAUGAUUUUUACCGGAAACUGUUUUUAGAAAUCGUGGAUGAAAAGUCCAGGCACUCUCUCCAUGAGAACAUGAGCAAGAUCAAAGCACCGACGCAGGUCAUCUGGGGAAAGCAGGACCAGGUUGUGGCCCCCGCCGCCUCCCCCACAGGACCGCAUCUCCAUCUCUGCCCACAUCCACCC